AUAUCUUGUAUUGGAUGAGGGGAUUCAUCCUGGAAAGUUUCGACUCAAAUACCAGGUCAGUGUUCAGAUACCAAGAAACGUAUCCACAUGAUAGGUUCUGCUACAGAGUAAACCACAUGCCAAAACCUAUAAAGAUAAUAACUCUCGCUACAGUCCAUUCCGACAAGAUCCUCGCGAUUUGUGAGUUUGAGGCCCACGGAGAUAGCCUGUGUGACAAUGAGCACUAUGGACGUGAUUGCGAGCUGAGUUGUCAAUGUCCCGACAAGUUGCCCUGUGUUGCAAGCACCGGUUUGUGUCCUAUUGGAUGUCCCCCGGGCUACGUCGGACUGCGAUGUUUGACGG